AUGGGGACGAUUGAUGGGGAAGCUGAGCGGCCGGCGACAGUUUUCUCACACGGCAAAAAAACGCAUCCAUCUCUGCCACAUAGUGUUUUUGAACGCGGCUCCCACACAGUUUCGGCCAGAGUGGAGAGCGUCGGGCAAUUUGUCGCGGCUUCUGCGGCCGACCAUUCGCAACUUUGAGACUAUCGGCUUUGUCUUGUCAGAUGGACGAAGAAUGUGGAAAAAAAACAGACUUGCAAAAAACGGUUGAAGUGAUUUGUUGGUAAUCGGACUUGUGGGAAUGCAACUCAUCAAGUCCAUAUUUUAGGUCGGUUUUUUUUUCUUUAAGGAUUUUGAUUGUGUCCAAAUUGGGAAAAUAUUUCGGAAUAUGAAUAGACAGAAAAAAAUGAUUGAAAUAAUGGAAUUAUGAAACUUCAUCAAGAUUUAAAUAACGAAAAAAACGCAAAAGAAAAAGAAGCUUUACAGCAAGUCUCGCUUCUGAUCCGAAACUACAGGAUAAUCAAGAGAUAAGGACAAUCCAAAUAAAAUUCUCAAAAACUCAAAAAAAAAUUCAAUCACCGCGCUAAGCCAGUUUUGCCCCAUAACGAAUCGUCGGCACAGUUUGCUAGUAAAAGAUUAAAUGAUAAGAAAAUCGAUAGUUCUUGGGGCAAUGGCCGAGAUGAAGGAGACGACGUCGCGCGCAGAGGAACAGGGCGCUAGACAGGGCGGCCGACUGAAAUUUCGCGAGUCUUCGAAGCGCGUCAACUCGCGUGCCAAAAACGCCGUCAACAUUUUGGCUUUUCCCUUUGAAAAGGGUUUGAUAGAUGCUCUUCAAUAG